GCUGCUCCAGGCCCCAGGCCCCAGGCUCUCCUCCUGUCAAUCUGUCAAUCUCUUCCUUCGUUUAACAACAGUGAAGUUAAAUCCAACAUUUGCAAAGUCUUGAUGAUUGCGGGAGCAGAGAAGAUGAUAUCCAAUAUCGAUGGGGAUUAAAGCGUUCCCGGGCAUUCAGAUCGGUUCCCAACAAUCUCAACUUGGAAUACUUGGAUGGACAGUUUAGGUUAGGUUGGGUGGGUUUGGCAGAGCGGAGUCGCGGAUCGCGCGGUUCAGGGUUCUCCGCCGUCAGCGUCAAAGACACCUUUCGUCGGCGUUUGCUUCGGUCGCUAUGUACUCGACAAAGACGCCGACUCUGCGGAUCGACGAGGCCGAUCUCAAGUGCAGAAAUGGCUGUGGGUUCUACGGUAACGCGGAAUGGGAAGGUUACUGCAGCAAAUGCCACCGGGAACACCUGCAGAAACGACGGGCCCAAGCUGAGCGCGUGUCCCACGCGCAAACCUCGGAUGCAGACAAUGUCAAUCGAUCGAUAGGUGCUGGAAGUCACAAGGGUUACGAGGAGAAGAAAGUACAACAGGAGAAGAAGUACAAAUUGUUAAACAUUUCAUUCAGGAAACCUGUGGCGAAAGUUCAGGGAUAUCAGGAAUUGUAUCACGAGCUGCUGAAGGACAAUCCAGAUCUUGAGAAAGUCAAGGCAGAAAAUCGAGAUUUGCUGUUGUACAUAGCUAAGACACCAGUGGAGAAGGAUGUGAGAAAAUGCAUACAUUCAUUUGUGGUGGACAUACUCCAGAACAAAGAUGUGAAAAGGAUAGAAGAACUUUCGGAAAUAACGCAAAACUUUUACCAUGUGUUUGGAAAGCGUCUGGAGAACAGCACUAAAUACUCAGAUAUAUCUCCAGAUAUUAAAGAAAAGUUAUUAGAUUAUGUCGAAAGGUAUGCAAUGACUUUGUUGUACAGAAUCCUUUUCUGUCCUCCGUUCACGACGGAUGAAGAAAAAGACCUGGCUAUACAGAAAAGGAUACGGCAAUUAAAUUGGGUUAGUGGCAAAAAUUUGGAAUGUAGAAUUCACGAGACAAGCUCGGAAGUUCGAGAACUUGUUUAUACAUCUAUUACAGAUCUUUUAAAUAUGGAUUCCGCUAAAGCGCCCCAAGAAAAACUGGCGUGUGUUAUUCACUGUUGUAGAAAUAUAUUUUUGUUGUUGCAACAAUCCGUCGAUGGACCAGCGUCUGCCGAUGAAUUCCUCCCGGCGCUCAUAUUUAUCGUUUUAAAGGCUAAUCCCGCGCGUCUCAAAAGCAAUAUCAAUUUUAUUACGAGGUUUUGCAAUGCCAGCAGAUUAAUGACUGGCGAAGGAGGAUAUUACUUCACAAAUCUGUGUUGUGCGGUGUCAUUUAUCGAAAACUUAACCGCGGAAUCCUUGAAUAUGGCUGAGAAGGACUUCAAUGCAUACAUGUCAGGGGAAUGCGUGCCAGCUAAUACAUGGGAAUCGGCUCUUAUGAUAUGCGAAAGCUUGCACUUCAUGUGCGAAGAUAUAACUUUAUUGGAUGACUUGCAAGCUAAAAAUACCGACAUCAUAAAGCAAGCGGAAGAACUGAAAAACAAAAUGAUGGAUUUCAAAGAGAAGAUCAGAGAGGAUGUGAAUAAAGUAAUUGAGAGGACGCCGCUGCUAAUAUCUCAUAGUCAGAGAGUGCCUACCAAUUUAGAUAGCGAAGAUAUUGAGAGCUAUCAGCUACCACCACCGAUUAUUCCACAGAUAUAUCCACAUUCUGUCGAUAACAUGAAUGGCGGCGUAAUGACGGAUCUGUCGAGUGACUUAAUGAGAACGUCAUUAGUGGAAGAUUCCGUUACGCCGUCGCCAACCUUUGAUUUUCCGUCCUUCAUCGGCGACGAUAGUCUGGAAGUUAGUAAAGGCGAGGACGAAACUAGUCUUAUCAGUUUAGAUACUCAAUCCGAUCUUGCAUCUGGUGAGACACAAAUCUUUAAGAAACAUAUGACAGACAGCUUACUAGACGAAUGCCCCACACCUGAAGCGAAUCUACCACCCGUUUUGAAGCCGAUUAGUUCAGAAGAUUAUCAUGGCUUCACGAUUCAAGGAUCAAAUAUACCGACAAUCCCAUGCAGCACAGGCGACUCAUCCAUAACUCCGGUCAACUUAGAUUCGGAUAAUUAUUCCGGUUAUUAUCAAAACAUGUAGCAUUAAUUCGAAAAAUGUGAUCCAAGUAUUAUUUAUGCGAAAAGCAUUUCAUAAAACAUUACUUCGAUUGCGGUAGCGAUUCAGUUAAGAAGAAUUUUCAACAAUAAUCUUAUAUCGCAAUUUUAUUAAUUCGUUUGUAUUUGUAAAGAGUUUAUUAUAGAUAUGUAAAACAAUAAGAAACAAUAACGUCGUAGUGAUGUAUGGGAGCCUCCUUCUGACGCUAGGAUAAAGAAACUCGAGAUGAUGUUACGAUUAAGUUGCUGUGAUAAAAUCAUUCACUUAAUGUAUCUGAAUUUUAUUUAAUAUUCUUCUUGUGAUAAAAAAUAGAACAGUGGACGAUAGAUUGCAUAAAAAA